AUGAUAACGUGUGACUUAGUAGUAAGCGUAACGCCGUCAGCAGCACCCAGGCCGAAUCUUUCUGUAUCUCUCUGGGUGUCGGGCCUCUGUGGUGGUCCUGAUGAUUUCCACCACGAGAUAGGACAUAGCCCACCACCUUACCAUGAAGACGACGACCAGCUGCGGCACACCCGCAAAAGCAGCAUAAGUGAUAGCGAUUCAGAAGACGAUUCUAUUGAUACUUCGCCGGAUUAUUCCCAGAACGCGGAUGUCGAUGAGUUACUUCACCUUGGCAAACCAGUACGCAUUACAUUCGAACUACGGCUCACGAAGCGCAACAGCACCCUAUGGGAGACAGUUUUGAAGGAGAACGUGCUCUAUGUAAAUAUUCCUAAUGUAUUGCCUUCUGAGGGGUCUCGUGAAAGUUUCACGGCGCUCCUGGAACUGACCGAGGAGAAGCUGGGAUGCCAUUCGAUGGUGUUGUGCAUGCGACGCGAUCGUUCAGACAGACAGCAGCUCAUGCGGACAUUCAUGUUCCUCGGGUUCCAACUGCUGGCACCAAACAACAAGCUAAUGCCACCGAAGGCUCACGAUGAUAAUUUGUAUCUUAUAUAUAACAUUGAAUAGAUUAUCAUUUCCAAAUGCUAGAUAUUAGAAUUAUAUCUGAAUAUGCUAUCACUUAUUAGUAGAAGUAUCAGUUUAGUCGUCUUGUGCAUGUUUAUUUACUUAACAAAACAUAUAUAAAAAAAAAAUAAGAGAAAAUGUAAAAAAAA